UUAGGUUACUAGGUUUUUAAACAAUGAAUAAAAUAUUUAUAGGACAGAAUGUGAAAAAAAUACUCUUGGUGCAUUCAAAUAAAACAUUUCUUAAGAAAAGACUAUGUUCAGUUUUGAUUCAAAGCUAUGAUCAUGGUAGUACAUCAAACAAGAAACUUAUUUCUAAAACAAUCGGAACUUUGUUGGAUGAAGCCACAGAAAAAUUUCCAGAUAAAGAAGCUGUAAUUUUUUGUAAUGAUAAAAGAAGGAAGACAUAUUCACAAUUACACAAAAAGGUUGAUGACCUAGCUGCUGGUUUAUUAACUCUUAAUCUAACACCAGGAGAUAGAGUUGGCAUAUGGGGUCAAAAUCAUAUGGAGUGGUUGUUAGUUUUUUUAGCAUGUGCAAAAGCAGGAUUGAUUUUGGUAAAUGUAAAUCCAGCAUACAAAAGUAAAGAGUUGCAUUUUGCUCUAAAUAAGGUUGAGAUGAAAGCUCUUUUUCUUAUGCCAAAGUUCAAGACAUCUGAUUAUUAUGAAAUACUUAGUAAUGUUGUUCCUGAAAUCAAUAACUCUCUAGCAGGAGACCUAAAUGCAAAGAGUGUGCCAUCAUUAAGAUAUGUAAUAAUGACUGAAGGGCCAGCAAAACAAGGCACUUUUUCAUUUGAUGAACUGCUUUCCAUGGGAGGAUUUCAACAAAGACAAAUGGUUUUCAGUUUAAAAAAGAAAAUACAAUUUGAUAGUCCAGUUAAUAUUCAAUUUACAUCUGGUACAACAGGUUUUCCAAAAGGUGUAACCUUAACUCACCACAACCUGGUAAAUAAUGGUUAUAUAGUUGGACAUAACUUAAAUACAGAGCGCACCUGUAUUCCAGUUCCCUUGUAUCAUUGUUUUGGAAUGGUGCUUGGAAGUCUUGCAUGUAUUUCUCAUGGUAAAACUCAAGUUUUUCCUGGGCGUGGGUUUGAUGCAAAAUCAACUUUAGAAGCAAUCCAUUCAGAAAAGUGUACUGCAAUAUAUGGGACACCAGUAAUGUUUAUUGAUAUGUUAAAUCAUCCUGAAUUUAAAAAUUACAAUUUUUCAUCUCUAAGAACAGGUAUAAUGGCAGGCUCCCCAUGUCCUGUUGAAAUAAUGAACCAAGUGGUUGAUAAAAUGAACUGCUCAGAAAUGACUAUUGUGUAUGGUUUGACAGAAACAAGUCCAGCAACAAAUAUGACAGCACGAGAUGAUCCAAUUGAUCUUCGUGUUUCUACAAUAGGAAAAAUUAUUCCUCACAUGGAGGUGAAGCUUGUAGAUGAGUCAGGAGAAGUUGUACCUGUUGGAGUAAAGGGGGAACUAUGCUACCGUGGCCAUUGUAUCAUGCAAGGAUAUUGGGGUGAAGAUAAAAAGACAAAAGAAGUCAUUGAUCAAAAUAACUGGUUUCAUACAGGUGAUAUUGGUUUGAUUGAUGAAAAUGGUUACUGUAAAGUUAUUGGUCGAUUAAAGGAUAUGAUCAUCCGUGGUGGUACAAAUAUUUAUCCUGUUGAAGUAGAACAGUUCUUAUACAGUCAUCCAGCAAUCGAAGAUGUCCAGGUAGUUGGCGUUCCUGAUUACAGGAUGGGUGAAGAGGUGUGUGCAGUUAUCAGAUUAAAAGCUGGUUACAGUCUUACAGCUGAAGACAUCAAAAUAUUCUGCAAAGAUAAGGUCUCUCAUUAUAAAGUUCCACGGUAUUUUCAUUUUGUUACUGAGUACCCAAUGACAGUUACAGGAAAGGUUAAGAAAAACGAACUUCGAGAAUCCAUGACUAAACUUUUAAAAGAAGGUCGUUUAUGAAAAAACAGCUCAGGGACAUCAAUCUUUAAUGGCAUAAUUAUUGUUUUUAACGAAUUACACAGUUUUUUAACGAUAAAUUAUGGAAAUUAAUUAAGAUUUUAUACAUUAACCAGUUUUAAUUUGGUUUAGAACAUUAUCAAAACACUUCAGAAUCAUUUUUUUAAGGAUUUUGUUUGUUUUUGGAUGUUUUAUUAUCAUACUCUAUGCUUUGAUACGAAAUUUUAUGUUUUUAUACAAAAUUUUAUGUUUUUAUACGAGAUUCUAUGUUUUGUUGCAUAUGUUUAUGAGACGAUUUGGUAUUUUGAAUUAUUAGGUACUUUUAAUUAAAUUUUAAAACUAUUUUGUGUUA